CAAAUAUAUGGAUAUUAAAACCCUAACUAGCCACUCUCACAUUCCAAUCCCAAACCCUAAAUCCAAACACGUAUCAACACCCACAAAUUUCUUCAUCCAAUUUCACUCCUCUACACAUCGCCGUCGCGUUUCUCGCACCCCAAUAUGUUCCCAAAUCGCUGUAAAAGUAAUGAGCAAUCGCCGUUAUCGAUUUAUUACUGCUUGCAUCAAUCCCAGCCUAGAAAUAGUCGGCGAAGAAUCGAGUGAAAAUGUUGAAAACCAGGUGCCUAUUUCAUCGAUUGAAGAAGAAGAAGAAGCAAACGUGGGAACGGUGGAGGUUGUUGAGUCGAAAAGAGAAGAACUUGCGACGAAUGAGAGCAUUUGGAGUCAAAUGGUGGAGAUUGUGAAGUUUUCAGGCCCAGCCACGGGGCUGUGGUUAUGUGGACCUUUAAUGAGUCUAAUUGACACUGCUGUGAUUGGCCAGAAAAGUUCAAUUGAGCUCGCUGCUUUAGGACCAGGGACUGUGCUUUGUGACAAUAUGUGUUACGUGUUUAUGUUUCUUUCGAUUGCUACUUCGAAUUUUGUUGCUACUUCACUAGCCAAAAAGAAUAAAGAUGAAGUGCAGCAUCAGAUAUCUAUUUUACUAGCUAUUGGGUUGGCUUGUGGUGUGUUGAUGUUCUUCUUUACAAAAUUCCUGGGUGAAUGGGCACUAACUGCUUUUACUGGGGCGAAGAAUUUGCAUAUCAUACCUGCAGCAAACACAUAUGUUCAGAUUCGAGGCUUAGCCUGGCCCGCUGUGCUUGUUGGAUGGGUUGCUCAGAGUGCAAGUCUGGGCAUGAAAGAUUCAUGGGGACCUUUGAAGGCUUUGGCAGUUGCCAGUGCAAUAAAUAGCAUUGGUGACAUAGUCUUGUGCAUAUUCUUGGACUAUGGUAUUGCAGGAGCAGCAUGGGCAACAAUGGUGUCACAAGUUGUUGCAGGUUAUAUGAUGAUUGAAGAUCUGAACAAGAAAGGAUAUAAUGGCUAUGCAAUAUCUGUUCCAUCAUUUGGUGACCUCCAGCAAAUAUUCAUGCUUGCUGCUCCCGUUUUUGUCACGAUGAUGUCAAAGGUAGCUUUUUACUCUCUACUCGUGUAUUUCGCUGCAUCUAUGGGCACACACACUGUUGCUGCUCAUCAGGUGAUGAUCCAAAUAUACUGCUUGUGCACUGUGUGGGGUGAGCCUCUCUCUCAAACUGCUCAAUCAUUUAUGCCUGAGCUGAUAUAUGGAGUUAACCGAAAUUUGUCAAAGGCUCGAAUGCUGUUAAAGUCCCUGGUGAUCAUUGGAGCACUAACCGGGUUGAUAUUAGGAUUUUUAGGAACAUCUGUUCCCUGGUUGUUCCCCAGAAUUUUUUCCUCUGAUCCUGAGGUCAUGCAUGAGAUGCACAAGGUGUUGGUUCCAUACUUUCUUGCACUGUGUGUGACACCCAGCACUCAUAGCCUCGAGGGGACAUUGAUGGGGUUCAGUGUGUCACUAACAGCUGUUAGUCUCAUAUUCAUUGCCUCUUCCCUCUAUGGGGGAAGUACGGGGUAUCAGUACAUGCAGAGGAGCAAGAGAUUGGGGGUGUUUAUCAGUAUGGGGGCGGCUACCUUGCAUUGUGUUGCAUAUGCCUUCGGAACCAGAAAAGUGUUCAGUGCAUCAAAGGCCUCAUACUUAUUACGUUUUAAUGUUGCAUUUAGGAGAUAA